CUUUCGCAAUACCAACACACAUUCCGAAAACCUGAGGCCAGAUCCGGACUUCUGCAACAUGCCUGGCAACAAGAACGUCGUCUUCGACGUGGUCGGCACACUUGCCUGCUACGAUGAGCUAUACGACGGCAUCGACGCUCGCAUCGGCGACAGACUCCGCAAAGAAGGCAUCAAGCCCUCUCUCCUCGGAUACACAUGGAUCGAAGUCGCGGAGCGAGAGUACACCUACCUCAGCAUGGCCGGCGCAUACAAGCCAUUCGAUACCGUCUUCGAGGCCGUCUUCUACCGUAUCCUCUUCUCGGCUGGCAUCCAGGAUCCACACGGUUUCGCGUCCGCCGAGGAUCUGGCGUUCAUCAUGGCUGCGAACAACAAGAUGAGGUUCCGCGAUGGGGCGGUUGAGUGUAUCUCCAAACUCCGGGAUGCUGGCUUCACCGUCUGGGCUAUGACGGCCGCUGAUAAGGGUCGAGUAAGAGGAUACUUCGAAGAGGCUGGACUGGACUUGCCACUGGAGAAUCUUGUGUCUUCGGACGACACGGGUAUCGCAAAGCCCACGUUGUCGGGAUAUCUGCCGCUGUUCGAACAAUUGAACCAAGGAGAACGGCCUUGGUUCGCCGCUGCCCAUAAGUGGGACGUUUCUGCUGCGAAUCGCAUCGGGUACCGUGGAGCAUACUGUUCGCUGUUGGAGCACGACCCGUUGCCAGAUCUGUUCGGGACCAUGGAAGUCGAAGAGCCCACGCUGCCAGCAUUGGCCGAUCGGAUCAUAGCUCUGUCGUGA